UUCUCCCCUCCCUCCCUCCCUCCCUCCGUAGGCCGCGAGUGGGUUUCCUCCCCCCCUUACUGUCUAAUUCCUAUGUUACCGCAGCCUCCCAGCCCCGUGUUUGACUGGCGCUACAUGUCGUUGUGCGGCGGUGGUGGCUGUCGAGGUGCUAACGUCGUCGAGCUCCGAGUUUGCCCGAGGUCCCAGGCGGCCUCAACGCCGCCGCCGUCGCCCCCAUCACCACCAUCAACAUGACAGGAGAGAAGGCGGAGAGGGUCGCCAACUGCCGCUCGGUGCGCAGGGAGCACAGGCUGAGCAAAGAGGAGGCCGAGACGGAGCAGGACGAGGAGGCGGGCAGGACUAAAAACCGAACCAAGCUCUUCCCCAACCACAAGCUGAUCAAGAGCCCGUCGCAGCCACAGCCGCAGCAGCUGCAGAGCAGCCCGGCCUUCGGCACCGACGCGCCCCCCGCCAGGAGCGAGGAUUUCCCGGUGCACGAGUGCGUCUUCAAAGGCGAUAUCCGCAGGUUGUCGUCUUUGAUAAGGACUCGCAACAUAGCUCAGAAAGAUCUCCACGGAAACACACCUUUACAUCUUGCUGUGAUGCUUGGACACAAAGAAUGUGCCCAUCUGCUUCUUGCUCACAACGCUUUGGUAAAGGUGAAAAAUGCUCAGGGAUGGAGCCCGCUGGCAGAAGCCAUCAGCUAUGGAGACCGACAAAUGAUCACGGCUUUGCUACGGAAACUUAAGCAGCAGUCGAGAGAGAACGUAGAGGAGAAACGGCCUCGAUUACUUAAAGCUCUGAAAGAGCUGGGGGACUUCUAUUUAGAGCUCCACUGGGAUUUUCAGAGCUGGGUGCCUUUACUUUCCAGAAUUCUGCCUUCAGAUGCUUGUAAAAUUUACAAACAGGGUAUAAACAUCAGGCUGGACACCACUCUGAUAGACUUUACUGACAUGAAGUGCCAACGGGGAGACUUGAGCUUCAUUUUCAACGGUGAUGCAGCCCCGUCCGAAUCUUUCAUAGUGUUAGACAACGAGCAGAAAGUCUACCAGCGAAUACACCACGAGGAAUCUGAGAUGGAGACUGAAGAGGAGGUAGAUAUUUUAAUGAGCAGCGAUAUUUAUUCUGCAACAUUAUCCACGAAAUCCAUCACCUUCACGCGGGCACAGACUGGCUGGCUUUUCCGGGAGGACAAAACGGAACGAGUGGGGAACUUCCUGGCAGAGUUUUAUUCUGUAAACGGCCUCGUUCUGGAAUCCAGAAAACGCCGUGAACACCUCAGUGAAGAGGAUAUUCUACGAAAUAAGGCUAUUAUGGAAAGCCUGAGCAAAGGAGGAAGCUUAAUGGAGCAAAGCUUUGAGCCUGUGCGGAGACAGUCCCUCACUGCUCCUCCAGCCAACACAAUCACCUGGGAGGAGUACAUCUCGGCAGAGCCUGGAAAAGCUCCUCACCUUGGAAGAGAGCUGGUGUGCAAAGAGAGCAAGAAAACCUUCAAAGCCACCAUAGCCAUGAGCCAGGAGUUUCCUCUCGGCAUCGAUUCGUUACUGAAUGUUUUAGAGGUCAUAGCACCCUUCAAGCACUUUAAUAAACUCAGAGAAUUUGUUCAGAUGAAGCUUCCACCAGGAUUCCCUGUUAAACUAGACAUCCCUGUGUUUCCGACCAUCACUGCCACUGUGACGUUUCAGGAAUUCCGAUAUGAUGGAUUUGACGAGUCCAUCUUCAGUAUUCCAAGUGACUAUAGAGAAGAUCCCAGCAGGUUCCCUGAACUUUGAUCCUCCUCAGGCCUGUGUGGGAGAGACGCGAACCACGUCGGGAACAGAACUUUCUUCCUUCACGAUCGGUACAGAGAGAUUACUCCCGUAAACUCUGGAACAUUCCUCAGUGGAAGGAUUGGGAAGUCUUAACAGAUGGACUUUUACCACUUUUUUUUCUUGGUUUGAACAAAUCCGUUUAUUAAACUCCUCACCUUAAAUUCCA